AUGUGGUGGAAGUAUUAGACUGAUGAUAUGAAAACUAAAGUUAGAAAUCUUGUUAAUACAGGUAGACUAGAGCUUGUAAACGGUGGAUGGAGUUCUCAUGAUGAAGCUUGCACUAAUUAUGAGGAUCAAAUAAAUAAUAUGUAUUAUGGGUAGUAGUAUCUAUUACAAGAGUUCAAUAUUGUUCCUAGGAUAGGAUGGCAACUGGACCCCUUUGGUCAUUCUGCAGCAAAUGCUAGACUAUAUUCAGAUAUGGGUCUCGAUGCUAUUUUCUUUUCCAGAGCAGAUCAUAAUGACAUCAAAAGAAGAAUUAAUGAUAAGGAAAUGGAGUAUAUUUGGAGACCCAUGUUUAAUCACUUAGGUAAAAACAAUUAGAUCUUUACUCAUUAAAUGCUCUAAGGCUAUUGCCCACCUAAUUACUUCUCGUUUGACUCCAUAGAUGAUUCAGAUAAUGAUACCGCAUUUAUAACUAAUUAAAACUUUGACACAUAUAAUGCAGAUUGGAAGACAAAAGAGUUUAUGGAUAUCAUUAACAGGUAUGCAAGUAUUUACAGGACUAAUCACAUAAUGAUUCCUUUUGGUUGCGAUUUCCAUUUCUAAAAUGCCCAUUAAACUUUUAAGUCCAUAGAUAAGAUGAUAGCCUAUAUCAAUUCAAAAUAUAAUAACGUGAGUUUACUUUACUCUACCCCUAGCAAUUAUCUAGAUGCAGUCGUUUAGUCAAAUAUAGAAUGGCCCACAAGAUAUGAUGAUAUUUUUCCUUAUAGUUCUGAUGUAGAUGAUUUUUGGGGAGGCUACUUUAGCUCAAGACCAAGUUCUAAAAAGUAUGUAAGAGAUGGUUAGUCAUAUUUUGAUGCUGCAUCAAAAUAAUAUGUUUCUAAAAUCUUGAAUUAAUAGUCCACUGAUGAUGAUAUUAGUAAAGUCUUAUCAGCUCAGAAUUAGAUGCUUGAUGCUCUAGGUGUAUUUACACAUCAUGAUGCAAUUACAGGUACGAGCAGAGAGUUCGUAUCUAAUGAUCAUAUUUUGAGACUAUAAAAAGCAAUUUAAGCAAAUAAUGAAAUAUUACUAGACAUAGUAAAAGAGUAAGCUAACUCAUAAUUCGGCAUAUAGACUACUCAGUUAGAGUAAUGUAAAAUGACAAACCAGACUUCCUUAGAAUGUCCAGUUUCUAGUUAUGAUGGGAAGGCAUUCAUAGUUUUUGUGUAAAAUCCAUCUAAUUUAGAGAUAUUCUAUUAGAGAAUAAAACUACCAGACGAUAAUUAUAACGCAUCAAUCUUUGAUCUUACUUCGAAGAAGUUUAAUUCAGUAAGAUCAGCAGUAUAUUGCCAUCCAUUUACUUAUCAAAAUAAUGUUACAACUAAUGAUUGUAAUAUGGUUAUUGAGAAUACAAUUGCGUCUAAUUCAAAUGCUGUACUCUUAAUUUAACCUGAUUCUUAGGCUAAAAAGCCUUUAAGAUUAUCUAUAGAGGAAUUUAACAAGGGAUAUUCUAAGGUAGGAAUAUUUGGCUGGGAUGAUAACGGUGUUUAAAUCAGAGUAAGUGCUGCUGAUGGCAAAGAUUUAUUUUACUAUCUACAACUCAGAUUUUAUGAAUCAGAUCCUGGAAAUGAUACUCAUUCAAGUAGUAAUCAUUAUAUAUUCUAACCAAUGAUUGACAACUAAACAUCUUAUUCCUAUAGUUCUUUGGCAAGUAUUGAAGCUUUAUGGAGCAACUUUUCUUAGGAAAUAUAUGCAACUUUUUACAACUAUACUACAAACAAUAGAAGUGGUUAACUUAGAAUUAGAGCUUAUGAAAAAUUGCCAACAAUUGAGUUUGAGAUUUUCCUAGACGCACUUCCAGCAGAGCAAGGUAGUUAAGAAGUAACUGUUAGCUUUAUGCCAAAAUAAGAUGAAAAUAAACUCUAGAAUGAUGGAGUCUUUUAUACAGAUUCAAAUGGACUUGAAAUGCAAAGAAGAGAAUGGAAUAAAAGACCUACUUAUUCAUAUACUUCAAAUGCUAGUAUAGCUUCUAACUAUUAUCCAGUUACUUCGGCUAUUUCCAUAAAUGAUACUACAAGCAACUUACAAAUGACAAUCAUAAAUGAUAGAUCAUAAGGUGGAACUGUCAUUAAAGACUCAUCUAGAAUUGAAUUAAUGGUGAAUAGGAGAAUAUUUAGCCAUAAUGACACAGCUCUUCAUGAAGAUUUGAAUGAAAUGGGUCCUUUUGGGUCAGGCAACUAAGUAAGAACAUUUUUCUGGGUGCAUUUUUUCAAUAAGAAUGUGGAAACUAGCUUUUAGAGAUAGUAGUAAGUAAUGAAUGAGUAGCCUCUGCAAUACCUUUUCACAAAUCAGUGGACUAUUCCAAAAGUUUCAAAUACAAUAAAUAAUGAGAUAUAAAAAUCAAAACUAGUUGGGUUUGGAUAAUAAAACUAUUAGACUAAUGAGAGAUUCUAGGACAGAAACAAAAUUGUGAAAUACACAAUACUUCCUUAAAAAAGAAACCAAUUAAUUCUCAGAAUUUACAACUUAGAAGAUCUUUAUGAUUACCCAUCUACUUCAGUACUAGUUGAUACUACAAUAUAUGUUGACAUUAAAUAGCUUUUUCUUGACAUCUAUCAGUAUUCUAAUUCAAAAACAACACCAAUUCCAGAUAUUUCUUUUAAAGAAGUUUCUUUGACUGCUAACCAAGAUUAUGAUAAAAUGAUUGGGUAAAAACCAAAGUUAAAGGGUGUAGAUGAUGGUAAAGUAAAUGAGCCUAUCUUUCCCAAAUACAAGUCAGCUGAUGUGAUUGCUAUUGCAGCUCAAUAAAUAAGGACUUUUUAGGCAAUUUAUAGUCCUAAAAAGUAAAAAUUGAUAUCAAAAGAGAUUAUUUAGUGA